AUGGAAUCUUUAGUUGAGGCAACGUCAGGUGCAGUUGGAUCAUUGGUAAGCACCACCAUUUUGUAUCCUCUCGAUACUUGCAAGACAAAGUACCAAGCUGAAAAUCGUGCUCACAAUUACCAAAAAUACAGGAAAAUCUCAGAUGUCCUGUGGGAAGCAAUUUCCACAGGUCGAGUACUUUCACUUUACCAGGGCCUAGGGACGAAGAACUUCCAGUCUUUCAUUUCAUCAUUUAUCUACUUCUAUGGAUACAGCUUCUUCAAGAGACUCUACUUGAAGAAAAGUGGAUCUAAUUCUAUAGGAACAAAAGCUAACUUGAUUCUUGCAGCUGCUUCUGGUGCAUGCACGGUCAUAGUGACACAGCCUCUGGAUACAGCAUCUUCAAAAAUGCAAACAAGUGCUUUUGGGAAAUCCAAAGGUCUUUGGAAAACCCUCUCGGAGAACACUUGGAGCGAGGCAUUUGAUGGUCUAGGAAUUUCUCUUCUUCUUACAGCAAAUCCUUCCAUUCAGUACACAGUGUUUGAUCAAUUAAAGCAGAGAUUAUUGAAGGAGAAGAUGAGCAAAAAUAGAGAUGACGUAUCCUUUCGAGCAGCUCUUUCUGCGUUUUCUGCUUUUCUGUUAGGUGCAAUCUCAAAAUGCAUUGCUACCUGUGUAACUUAUCCAGCAAUAAGGUGUAAGGUGAUGAUUCAGUCAGCUGAGUCAGACGAGGAAGACGAAGCUCAAACAAACUCCAGGAAAACAAUUUUGGGGGCACUUCGUGCCAUUUGGAAAAAAGAAGGUGCAUUCGGCUUCGUCAAAGGGUUACAAGCCCAAAUCCUGAAGACUGUCCUUAGCUCAGCAUUGCUUUUGAUGAUAAAGGAGAAGAUCACAAAGACUACAUGGGUCCUAAUGAUUGCGCUGAAGAAGUUUAUGUUCAUAACUAGUACCAGGUUGAAGAACUCUUGA